CGCGAAGCGAGUAAGACGUGUUUUCUCCUCAGUCCACACACACACACACACACACACACAACACGAACAGCAAGUUGAAAAUUCAAAAUCGCAGUUUGAGUUUGUGACCAACACGUUCUCAAGUGCUUCGCGUUCUAAACUCAAAUUCACAGAGUUCUGUUUGUGUUUUUAAAUAAUCAGCGCGAGCUUUAUGAAAAAUACGAUACAAAAAAAAAAAGCGAAUAAACUAAACAAUUGCGACAAAGUGUAUUAACAAAAUUAAUAGUAUUAAAAAUAUAUGCAACAUACUUUGAGUGUAACAAUUUCAAACGUAAAAAAUGCUGCAUUUUUUAAUCUUCAAAAUAUUGCACAAGAAAUACAAAAUUAAUUGAGUGUGCACGCCCUAAAAAGUGACAGCAGCAGCAGUAAAAUAAACAAUAAACGAAAAGCCGAUAGAGCAGGACAAAAAACGUCCAAAAGCAACGAGCAGCAGCAGCAGCGACUAACGAAGCCAAGUAGAGAUUUUCUAUAAAGCUGCAACCCACACACACACACACACGCAUACAUACACACACAUAUAGCAUGGCUGUGCCCUUUUUUCUGCCCGAGGAUGGCGCCAAUGACAUUGCCUCGAGCUCAUCGGCUGCCUCGGGCUCAACAACGGGCUCCACCUCAUCGGGCUCAUCGGAUGGCGCCAGCAGCGUCGCCUCGCAGUCACCAAACACAACCACCUCGGGCACACAGACGCCAAUGCAGUCGCCAAUGCCCACAGAUCAGGUGCUAAUCGCACUCUAUGAAUGGUUCCAGCAGCAUCAUCAUCAACGCCAAUACAGCUACAAUGCUAAUCAGUCGGCGCCGCAGAUAUUCCAGUACCCGCCACCGCCCAGCCCCUCAUGCUCGAUGGCCCAGUCGCCUGGCUAUGCGAGCGGCGAUGUUUUCUUUGCCCACAUGCCCGGACACAUGCCGCUGCCGCCGCCGCCGCCGCGCACGCCGCGCACCAGCGUCAGCUUCGCCGCCGGCGAUGAACACAACUUUUUCCGGCACUCGUAUCCGGCGCCAUCGACACCGCAGCCAAUGCCAGCGCCGCAGUCGGCGCCGCCGCUGCAUUAUAGCCACAGCUAUCCGCAGCAGUCGCCGCACAUGAUGCCGCAUCAUCACUCCUUUGGCCUGCCGCCCCCAGCCAGCGCCUACUAUGCCAACUAUACGCCGCCACCCACGCCGAACACCGCCAACGCCUCCACCUCCUCCUCCAGCUCCAGUUCAGCAGCAGCCACCGGCGGCGGCGUGCCCUUUGGCUGGCACAUGUAUGGCCACAACCUGGCGUCGACGCCGCUGGCGCCAGCUGCGCCCAAGAUGCGUCUGCAGCGCAGUCAAUCCGAUGCAGCCAGACGCAAGCGCUUGACCUCAACGGGCGAGGAUGAGCGAGAGUAUCAAAGUGAUCAUGAGACCAGCUGGGAUGAGCUAGACGAUCGCUAUGAGAAUUUUUCAGCUGGACGCGAGCGUUUGCAAGAGUUUAGCGGACGCAUACCGCCGCGCAAGAAGAAGAGCAGCAAUGCAUGCGCUAACAGCAGCAGCAGCAGCAGCAGCAACUCGCUAGAGGUUUGA